CAGAAAAUAUUUUAAUUAUCACUAUGGGGGAUAGUGGUACAGGGUUCAGAGACAGAUCUGACAGUAACAGCGCUAGCAGUCAGGUCAAGAUAGGACCUUACAUCCUGGGGGAAACAUUGGGGAUCGGAACCUUUGGCAAGGUUAAAAUUGCGUUCCACCAGCAGACCGGGCACAAGGUCGCCAUCAAGAUACUCAACAGACAGAGGAUCAAGAACCUUGACGUCGUGAUGAAGAUCAAAAGAGAGAUUCAGAAUCUGAAACUGUUCCGACAUCCUCAUAUUAUCAAACUGUAUCAAGUUAUUAGUACUCCGACAGAUAUAUUCAUGGUUAUGGAGUAUGUAUCAGGUGGAGAAUUAUUUGACUAUAUUGUAAAGCACGGGAAACUGAAGGAAGACGACGCCAGGAGAUUCUUCCAGCAGAUUAUUUCUGGAGUAGAUUACUGUCAUAGACAUAAUGUGGUUCAUAGGGAUUUGAAACCUGAGAACCUAUUGUUGGAUCAGUCCAUGAACGUAAAGAUCGCUGACUUCGGCCUCUCCAACAUGAUGACAGACGGAGAGUUUCUAAAGACAAGCUGUGGAUCUCCGAACUAUGCUGCUCCUGAGGUGAUCUCUGGUAAGCUGUAUGCUGGUCCCGAGGUAGAUAUAUGGUCCUGUGGAGUAGUUCUCUACGCCCUCCUCUGCGGAACUCUACCCUUCGAUGAUGAACAUGUGACCACCUUGUUCAGGAAGAUAAAAUCCGGUAUAUUCCCUGUACCUGACUACCUUAACAAAAGUGUUGUGAGCCUACUCUGCCAUAUGCUGCAAACAGAUCCAAUGAAGAGAGCUACAGUUGAGGAUAUAAGGAAACAUGAUUGGUUUAUGAAGGACUGUCCCGGAUAUUUGUUUCCGGACCGAGUAACCGAUACAAGCAUCGUAGAUAUGGAGGUUAUUGCUGAAGUGUCCCAGAAGUGUGGUGUAGAUGAGGCUGAGAUACAUAGCGCUCUUCUGUCUGAUGAUCUACACAAUCCUCUCGUCAUCGCAUACAACCUCGUCAUAGACAACAAGAGGAUUGAGAACGCCAAGGCCGAGGAGUUCAACGAUUUCUUCGCCGGAGGUUUGAGUCCCGCGGCUCCUUCAGAUAUGGCUCCAAGUCCUCAGAAACCUCAUCCGGAGAGGAUUGCUCCUCUCCGAGAGAACGCAGUUACUCCGGUUGAGAAAACUCAUCGCGGAGCUCCAAUCAAACGAUCCAAGUGGCAUCUAGGUAUCCGAUCCCAGAGUAAACCUCAUGAUAUAAUGAGUGAAGUUUACCGGGCAAUGAAAGCUCUGGAUUUUGAAUGGAAGAUAAUUAAUCCAUACUUCGUUCAGGUGCGGAGAAAGAAUCCUGGAAACGCAAAAUAUGUAAAGAUGUCACUUCAGCUCUACCAGGUUGAUUACAAGUCUUAUUUACUGGACUUCAAGAGUCUGGUCGAGGAGGACCCCAGGGACCUCACUGCAGACAGGAGGAGUCCAGUCCAAGCUGUAGAACUCAGUUCUAGUCUUGAUCAGAACAGAACACUCAAAACAGCACAGGUUCUGGACGGAUCAAUAACGGGACACCAUACAAUGGAAUUCUUUGAGAUGUGCGCAGCACUGAUUACUCAACUCGCAAGAUAAUCAUGAAGGAAAAUAGACCUGGAGGAGAUUAUAUAGAUACAUAUAAUCCUUAAUCCCAGUUGUUUCAACUCGUCAUGUGCUCAUAUAACAUAUAAGAAUUUUUCAUAUAAAAAAUUUUUUUAAUCUGCAAUUUGCAUGGCGGCGGGGCGGCAUUAUUUGAAAUUAAUGUUUUUUUUCGUUAUUUUUGAGUUAUAUAAUAUAUUUAUUCUAUUUAAUUUUAUAUUCAUUUUAUUUUGUUUAUAUAUAUGGGAUAUAUUCUAAUUAUAUUUAACCAGUAAUAAAACAAGAUUGAUUUACCUUUUCUGAUCCUUAAAACAUAUAUUUUUUUGGGGAGGGGGGGGAGGGGAGGAGGUGGAGGGGUCGAAUCUUUUGCCCAAAUUAUGUGCAACAAACUAUUUGUUUUAACGAAAUAAAUUCGUACUAGAAAAGAUUGACAGUCUUUAUAAGAUAUGAAACAUUGUAUCUAAAAAGAUUAUUAUCAUGGGUUCAUGUCUGUCCUUAAAGAAUAAAAAUUCUUGUUUUAUAAUUGUUGUAAGUUUACGAAUAGUUCGUAUGUAAAUUACAGGUUUACAGAAUGUAUAUAUAUCAUAAAAUUUUGUAAUAUAUUUAUGGUGACAUUUGUUUGAAAACAAUCAUUCUAUCAUCAAUUGUUUAUUCUAAUUAAAGCGGAACAUAAAUUUUUAAAAUUAAUAAAAAGGAUUUAUUUCCCCCGUGUUUACUUCAAUGCCCAGAUAUUGUUAAAUAUAUUUAUUUGAUUGAUU